AUCUGCGGGGCACCGAUUUUCCAUCCCACUUUCAUCGCAAUAGCGUACAGGAUGGAGUCCAGCUGCCUAGGUUAGUAUUUUCCAGGUCCAUGCGACAUCGUUGGGGUGGUCAUCGCUUUCAGCUGUGGUGAGAUGACACGGGAUCAACCAUGUACGGCAUCGACCUUCUUAAUUGGAUACAUCUGCUUGUUCGCUGAUACAAAUACCAUGCUUCUGUAUCACUUUUCAGGUUUUGUUUAACUGGAUUGGAGUGCGCGGUCAAUGGUUGUUUGUCUUGUAUGCCAGAUAGCAAAAGGUCCAAACCUAAGACAAGAAAAAAGCAUUUCGUAUAAGUUCCAGUUACAUACCUACCUUCGAAACCCAGCAAACAACACACACGAAAGCGCCAACAUCGGUUACAAAGUGAGCUUCUAGAAACCAAACAUGGCCAACCAACAGCCUCUUUUCGGCCUGCUCCCCGCCGGCCAGCCCUUAAUAACAGCGCCCUCCCAACAACCAAACCAGACCUCCUUCCUGUACCUGAUCCCUUCCACAACGCCCUCGAACCCGAAGCCGUUCGCGCAUCUCGCCGUGUUUCUCCUGCCAGGUAUAUCGCUCCCCGAGAACACCGCGGCAGCAAUCUACAUAGCGCAGAACCCAUCCGCUUUCGUGCCGAGCUUCGCCGGGUCCGUGGCCGCGAACUUCAAGUUCCUGGGCGGCGUGGGGCCGGGGAAGGAGAGCGCGGUAUUCAAGGUCGGGACGAACGCGGGCGCCGAGGGAGGCGUGGUCAUAGGCAUCGACAUCGAGGACGCCGGCAGCGUCGCGGAACGGAUACAGCAGCUCCAGCAGCAGUCGCAAUCGCAGUCAACGGCAUUAGUCCUGGCGAGUGGUAGUAGCGAGACACCCUCUACCCAGGUCCUCGCGCAACGCAUUAUCCAAAACGCGUUUAAUUUCCUCUCCGGGUUCAGCGGGCAGGUCGGACAAUCUGGUAUUGAGGUCGUCCCGCUCAAGGCAUUCCAGGAUUGGUGGCGCAAGUUCGAGACGAAGAUCAGGAAUGAUCCUAGUUUUCUCGAGAGGCCGCAGGACUGAUUGGUUGAUUAAUCAACCAUUUUCAUCUAAUUCAUCACGCCCAAUCUAAUCUAAUCUGAUCAUUCCCUGCGCUGUCGUCUGAACAAUCAGUUCUACUCAUCCAUCCAUCCAUCCAUACACAUCCACACGGAUACAAUACCCGACUACCGCGAUUGUUCAAAUCAUGCCUAUACCAUCAGUAUAAGGUCAAUC